CGCGUGUUAGGAAUGGAGACGUUGCAUGUUUGUGGUGUCGGAUUUAUUCAAUGGAUUCAGCGAUUUCAGUAUUUAGACUCGCUGAUGAUCAACACAAGCCACUUAGGGAGCCCUUUGAUAGCCUAUGCGCUCGUAUUUCCCCUGGCCUACUAUUUGAAUCCAACUCUCGGACUGGUGACAAUGCUGUGUGCUUCGUUUACGGAAUGGUUCAGCGGACUCCUAAAGUGGAUCCUUCAUGGCCAUCGACCCUAUUGGUGGGUCGGUUUGUAUGCUCGAAAAACCAAUACGGCUGUUAUGCACCUUGAACAAUUCCCAGUUACAUGCGAAACUGGUCCAGGCAGUCCAUCGGGGCACUGUAUGAUCACACUCGCAAGUUUGGUCCCCUUAGUGUUAUACCUUUAUCAAUGUCUUCUAAGUCCCUACGGAGAACUGGUGCUCCUUAUUUUUGGAUUGUUCAUUCUGGUUCUGGGAUUGAGUCGGUGCUACUUGGCGGCACACUUUCCCCACCAGGUGCUUGCCGGAGUAGUUUCAGGUCUCUGUUUUGGAUACUUUUUCACCCAUUUAUUUCAAGUGGUCCAACUAGCAUCGAAACCAUCGAAGUCCACCCUGAAUCAUGGGAUGGUUAAUUACUUAGUUUAUUUGAUUCGAACGCCUGGUCUGUUGAUCGGCUUUGGUUUUGGCUCGCUUCUGUUGGCUUGGAUGUUUAGUUGGUUCUUGCAGACGAUACUUGGUGUGGACGUCAAUUGGUCCGUCAAGUUGGCGCAGCGGGCUUGUCGUCGACCCGAAUGGGUGCACCUGUCCUCUUCACUAAUGGUUGGUUUUGCACGCAUUGCGGGUUAUUUAUCCGGUUUAGCGAUCGCGUUGUGCUUGUGUCAACCGUCAGAUCGCUCGUUGUGGACCCCCAACACAAACCUUUCGGUUGUCUCCCUUGCUGUGAUAUCAGUCAUUGUAACAAAACUGACUGAAGCAUUGUGCCGCCGAGCAAUUAAUGCUUUACUUAUGCCUAUUUUACCGCCUUCUAAUUCGACUGGUCCUGGAGUGGCUUUGCUUGCCAGUUCGGUCGUGGAAGGUUCCGUGGGUCCUUUACUCGCCGUCUGCGUCCUUCCAUCUAUGUUAGGUAGAUUUUGGCAGACUCCAUGAGUAGCUAGGUUUUGGUUCUGUGGUCCCAAUUACUCUUCUCCAUUUCUGCUUUAAGAUGUCUCCCACAGUGCAUUUCUCCCCUGACCUGUCCGUUUUGUUGGAGUUGAAAUUUUCUUUCGGGUAUUAUUUGCCACAAGUUAGAGCAGCCCGACGAUCUCGAACACGCUGCAUGUUACUUUUCAAUGUGAUUUUAUCUUCAUGAGCUCCAUUCAGAUAUCCUCUCAUUACCAUAUCCACCAUUCUGGUUCUUCUCUUGUUCGAGUGGUACGUUGAAAUGUUUUGAAAUGUUUUCGCCUUCACGUUCAGAAUAUAUGUGGACAUUGCCUUCUGUUCUCGG